AUGACAAAAAUAAACUCCUCUCUUCAUUCAUCGCGGAGAAAAUCGCGUCAUGCUUAUUUCAAUGCUCCGUCCAGUGUGCGAAGAACCAUGAUGAGUGCUCCGCUUAGCAAAGAGCUCCGUGAGAAGUACAACGUUCGAUCAAUUCCCAUCCGAAAAGAUGACGAAGUCUUAAUCGUAAAAGGGUCUAAUAAGGGACGUGAAGGCAAGAUAACCUCUGUAUACCGUCUAAAAUACGUUGUACACAUCGAACGUGUCGUAAAGGAAAAAUCUUCUAGUCAAUCUGUGCCCCUUGGAAUUCAUCCUUCUAAGGUUGUCAUAACAAAGUUGAAAAUCGACAAAGACCGAGAACAAAUUCUUGAACGCAUCAAGGUUGGCCGAGAAAAUAAAAAGAAGCAAAAAGAAGCAGCUCUUAAGGCGUAA